AUGGACACCAUGAUCAUAAGCUGCUAUUUCAACGGCAUCAAGUGCAAUAUGGAGAGUAAGGACUUUAAGCUGCAUCACUCCACCGAUUACGGUAAUUGUUUCACCUUUAACUACGCUUCUGAUAACUUACGAUACCUCGUGAAGCAGGGCGGAGCCACUAGAGGGUUGACGUUGACGAUAUUCGUCGACCAGCUGAACUACAUGUCCGGCCUUACGGAAGCUGCCGGAGCCAGAAUCAGCGUGCACGAACCCGGCCACUCACCGUUCAUCGUCGAGAACGGCAUAGACGUACCCGUCGGCACCAGGGCGUCUAUCGGUGUCACCCAGGUGGACAUUUUAACAGGGGACCCGAAAGCAUAG